UACCCACAUCUUGUGAAGUCUUCAAAGGAACUUGCCAAAUAAGUUCAGUUUGUUUGUCACUUUUGCUGUUCUCUCUGUCUUCCGUACUCAAGCUCCGACCAAAACUUCAGCACCUGCUGAUGUGUAGAGACUGUCAGAUCAGAAACAUUUCAGAGGAAAAACUUCCAGAGGCUACCGGUACAUGAAAGAGUGGGACACGCCCCCUUUUUUUACAAAUCUGCCAGCUCUUCUAUCUCGGAUCACUUGUAGUAAAGUUUGCAUUUUGACCAAAGGACCAGUCCAGUUUUAGUGUUUGGAGGGCUGUUAGGGUGAAGAAAUCAACAGAGAAUUCUUCGGCAGAAGUACCAUCAACAACAAUCAGUGUCCCAGUACUCUACUUUAGACAGACAGAAACUCGUCAACGCGGUUUUGAAGUUUUUGAGUUCUUAGCUGUGCAAUUCCAUUACGAAAAACUAACAGAGUUAUUUCAGCAACAGCACCACCAACAAGUUGAGCAGACACUCUGGUUAAACAGUCACAAACUCUUCAAUCCAGUUUUAAAGUUUACGUCACAAACCCAUCAAAACCAAGCCAUGGCCGCUGAAGAUCCGACCGACCUUCCCCACAAACUGCAUUCCCUCUCCCCCAAGUGGGGGCGGAGACUGCGAAGUGCCUCCUCCCCUGCUGCCCCUCAGCAAACUUCGUCGGCCCGUGCAGCCGCCGACGCGAUCUGGCCAGCCGACAUCAAACCCAGGAGCUUCCUUCCGAUCAAUCGGUCGCCGAUUUUGUCGAGGAAGUCGCGGAGUGCCUCGUCCCCACCCAUGCCGCCUGUCUUGGAACCGUUAACAGUGCUGCUGGAUGCACCUGAGCACCCUAGUCUGUCCGCGAGCACUAAAUCAAUGAAUCUGGCACCGAUCCAAGAAUCGGCGGACAAAGAGGUCACCGAGAUGCAGUACAGUAACGACUCGUCCCCCAACUACAGUCCUGUGCCAGGCCAAGGAACAGACCAGGACCAUGGGGAGAUAUUUGACAAGGAUUCCCUGCGGCCGUCGUCCAAGUUUCAAGCCCCACGGAGUAGGUCUGAAGGGAAACUCAAUACAACCGGAGAUGGCUACGGUUCUUCGGGCACCACGCCCAGCAAACUGUCCAAACGCGAGUCACUCAAGGCUCAAAAGAAGAACUAUCGGCGCGAGAAGAAGCGCGUCACGAAGGAGCUGCUUAGCGCCCUCAAGGAUCCAUCCAUCAUUGUGAUGGCUGAUCACCUCAAGGUGAGGGGAAGUUUGAAGGGUUGGACUAAGCUGUGGUGUGUCUUGAAACCAGGACUGCUCAUCAUCUACAAGAGCCCCAAGCAUGGGCAGUGGGUGGGCACGAUUCUCCUGAACAACUGUGAGCUGAUUGAGAGACCGUCUCGCAAGGAUGGCUUCUGCUUCAAGAUCUAUCACCCCCUGGACCAAUCCAUCUGGGCAACUAGGGGACCCAAAGGCGAGACCAUGGGAUCCAUCACCCAACCCCUACCCAGCCAGUACCUGAUCUUCCGGGCACCCUCCGAGGCAGCUGGCAAAUGCUGGAUGGAUGCCCUUGAGCUAGCCCUACGCUGCUCCAGCCUACUCAUGCGCUCCAUGAGGGAUGGGACCACGUUAGACCCGGCCGUCAUCAGCCAGUCAUUCAGCACGGAGAAAGGGCUGAACGAGAGCGAGAUUGAGAACACGCACUUCAGGCAUGAAGGUCUUGACGACGAGUCUCCAGACAACGAAAGUGACAAGGACCAAGACAGCAAGAGCGAGUCCGACAUAUCAGAGCCAGAGGAUAUCUCCUCGGUCAACGGACCCACGCCCACGCAGGACGAGACCACGUAUGUCACCAACAAAGUGGAGGAACUGGGACUGGAGUGUUCCCAAACCGAGACCCUGGAGGAGGAGAACAAAGGUCUGAUCUGGACGCUGGUCAAGCAGGUCCGGCCGGGCAUGGACCUGUCCAAAGUGGUGCUUCCGACAUUCAUCCUGGAGCCUCGAUCAUUCCUGGACAAGCUGUCGGACUUCUAUUACCACGCCGACCUCCUCUCCCAGGCUGUUUUUGAGGAGGAUCCGUUUUCUCGCAUGAAGCAGACUGCUCGCUGGUACCUCUCUGGCUUCUACAAGAAACCAAAGGGUUUAAAGAAGCCCUACAACCCCAUCAUCGGCGAGACCUUCAGAUGUCUCUGGACUCACCCUAAGACUAAGAGCCAUACAUUCUACAUCGCUGAACAGGUAUCCCAUCAUCCUCCAGUGACAGCCUUCUACAUGACCAAUCGUAAGGACGGAUUCUGCAUCAGCGGCAGUAUUCUUGCCAAGUCCAAAUUCUACGGCAACUCAGUGACGGCCGCCAUGGACGGACUGGCCACCCUGUCCUUUCUGGCGAGGGGGGAGGACUAUCAUAUCACCAUGCCCUACGCAAACUGCAAAGGGAUCCUGUAUGGUACCCUGACCAUGGAGUAUGGAGGGAGGGUGUACAUUGAGUGUGAUAAGACUGGGUACAAGACUGAGCUGGAGUUCAAAUUAAAGCCAUUCCUUGGCGGCAGCGAUUCAUCCAAUCAGCUUGUGGGUAAGAUCAAGUUUGGGAAGGAGACCCUGGCAACUCUGGAGGGCCAUUGGGAUGAUAAGGUUUACAUCAAAGACAAGAGAACUGGAAACGUGGAGCUGUUUUGGGUGGUGUCGCCGGAAGUGAAAGCCGCGCGAUUGCUUCGUUCCACGGUCGCCGUAGAGGAGCAGGCAGAUUUCGAGUCAGAAAAGCUAUGGUCUCGGGUUACAGACGCCCUGGCCAGGAGCGACAUCCAAGAGGCUACCAAUGAGAAGUUUGUCCUGGAAGAUGAACAACGCAAGGGCCACAAGGAGAGAAAGAUGAAGAUGAUCGCGUGGGAACCGCGUCUGUUUGAGCGAGACGAGAUCACGAGGGACUGGGUCUACAAACACAUGGACAACCGUCCCUGGGACCCCCUGAACGACAUCGAGCAGUUUGAGCACAACGGCAUCAUCCAGACCCGCACGCGCCACAAGACCUCCAUCCUGCGCACCACCAGCAUCAUCAGCCUGCCGCACAAGAACGGCCCCCACGAGAAGCGGCUGAAGCGCAACGCCUCGCUGCAGCACAAGAAGAAGAAGACACCGGGCCCCAGCCUGCCGCGGACUACCAGCGGGAGCGGAGACAGCGAGUGCUCCACGCCGCAGGAGAAGGACUCGGAGGAAGAACUAUCAGAGGCUGAAUUAACUGCUGAAACCAUGGAAGCGACCAGUACUAGCCUGCAGAGCACCGUCAUUAUGGAACGCACCAUCCAGCCGAUGCUGGAAGGACAGAAGCGCAUCGAGGACCAACUCAAGGCCGUCAACAGCCGUCUGGCCGUCAUGAUCCGACAGACGCGGCGUGACGAGGGUGAGAGCGCCCCCAUCAGUCGCGAAUUGAUAAUGAUCGCUGUAGUGCUGCUCAUUGGGCAACUCAUUGUCGGCUUUCUCUUCAGGUCGUGACCUAUGACCCCUGAAUGACCUUGACACACUGGAAGUGGGAGCGUGACCCUUGAAACAGGCAUUUUGACCUUUGACACAGAAAGCAAGGGUGACCUUUGACACAGAAAGCAAUGGUGACCUUUGACACAGACAGCAGAGGUGACUUUUAACAGAGGAAGUUGCGGGUGCCCUUUGACACGAGAAGCGGAUGUGACCUUUCACACAGGAAACAGUUUUGACCUUUGACACAAAAAUGGUAAUUUUGACAAAGCAAACAAGGUUGACUUUGGAUUCAUGAGUGCAAAGUGACUUUUAAAACAAGAAGUGAGCAUGCAACCUUUGACACAAAUUGAGAGGGUUAUUGUUCACACAGGCAGUAAAAAAUGACAUUUUAUUUGUGAAGCGAGAAUUGAAUGUUAGACUUUUUGAAGUCACAGAUUUACAGUGACAUUAGACUUUUGUCUGACUAAACAUAUCACCUACUUCACUGAAAGACAAGAAAGUAGUUUGUGUACAAUAAAUUAGAGUAGUUUGCAAUGACCUGUAGUCACAAAGACAUUUUAUACAAAGCAACAGGAAAGUUAAUCUGUCAGGAAUUGUCAAAGACGGGCUAGAAUACAGGAUGAGUAAACAAAAGAAACAGAAACCCAAAUGGCAGGACUAUUUUCUUAAUAAAGUUCUGCAUGUAGCAC